AUGGGUAAUACUAUCAAGGAUGAGGAGUCCAAUGAGGACAAUGAAGAUAACGAAGCGGAUGUCGCGAGGAGAGAAGUUGGAGAUGACUCAGCAGAAGUGAGCAACGAAGGAUCGUAUAAAAAUACUGUCAGUAACGCACGACAAACAGGAGAUACCUUGAAAGCAAACGAUAGUAGUCGUGCGUCAUUUGAUCAAAAUGCUUUUAAUACAGCACUGAUGAGGAAUUUGUUGGCUUCUGCGAGGGGCGCAAUGGAGUGUGAGGCACGAACGAGUGGCGCAUUGCAUAGUGGUACUUUUGGUCUUGAUAAUAGUAAUAAAGAAGGCGUCUUCAAUACCAGCAGCGACACUGUGAACAUAUUGCCGAAUAAAAAAAAGAGGCAGCGGAGGAAUCCCGUUUGGCCGUAUUUUGAUGUCAGUGACGGUAUCGCAAGUUGUAAACAGUGCAGCUAUACUACGAAAUCUGUAUUUAGUACCAAUCUGAAAGUGCAUUUACGAACUCAUCAUAAUGACACUUACAAACUUGUUAUAGAAGCUGAGGAGCAGCAACAUGCUGCUUUGCAAAAAUCUUUAAUAGUUCCUCAGCCUAUCAAACAAUCAUUCGGCAACGUUCCACUACUUCCCAAACUGUCAGCAAAUGCGUUAUCUUUGAGCCUGGCAGCUGCCGGAGCCCGAGAUCUUUCACUAGGCCAGAUACUCGGAAGGAUGUUGGAUAUGAGCGCUUCGAAAGAGUCUAAUACGGGUUCUAAACCGGGCACACCAACCACUCCAGCUACUCCAGCGUCACCUGCUGCAGAAAAUGACAUUCUUGAAUCUCCGUCUACCUCAGAUUACGACCUUACUUAUUCAACGUUAUUGAAUGGAGGACGCAUAGAUGAGGGUUGUUUGCCCGCUAUCAACCAGUCUCCGUGCUUGUCAAAGCGUAGACGCCUUAGGCGGCAUCCCGUUUGGAGAUUUUUCAAGGACAUGGACGGGACGAAGUCAGUGGGGUGCGUGAAAUGCUCUUUUAGUACAGCGUCACCCUUCAGUACAAAUCUCAAGAUGCAUCUCAAAGCUCACCAUAAAGACGAUUACACAUUGGUUCUGAAGUUGGAGGCCCAGCAAAGGGAGGAAGAGGGCAUUCGUGAAAACAACUUUCCUAUGGCGGCAGCUGCUACUAAAAGGAAGUACAGUGCUGACGAUAUUCAGAAUGAAUUGGAUCUUAACCUCAAGAAAGCUUUUGAACCUUCACCCCCCAAAAAGAAGCUAAGUCUUUUUGAUGUCACCGAUGAAGAAACUUUGGCAUCAAUGUCUACUUCUGAGCGCCUCGCAGCAAUGGUUGAGCUGGCAGCUAGCAAUAAUGAGGAAGAUGAAAAAGAAGAUGAACAACGUAAGAAUCUUGAUUGUAUUAAUUCUUCAUGGAAUUUUUUUACUAAACUCGUUAUUAAAUGCGAUUACCUUUCAGCUACUAAUUCUGAUUCCGGAGACCUUAUGGACACUGACUUGAGUUCAUUAAUUGGUAUGGACGCAGCACAAGCUAGUUUACUUGCUCGAUUCAAUUUAAAUGGUGCUGAUUUGCUGCAAGCAAGCUCGCUCUUACAGAAGAGCUCCCUGGGGCAGUCUUCACUUAAUGGGCAUCUUUCUAAUCGGAUGUUGCAAGACGCUGCAAAAACUGUUCGCAAACGCUUACUUUUUAAUUUCCUCUGUUUAUACUUCACAACUGUAAGCAAAAAAUUGCCGACUGGUGAAGUGGUUAAGGUCCGCAUGAUGCGUAAAGACGUUCAUACAGGAGGUAGUGAUGAAAUUAGCAACGGCAGUUCGCAUUCUGUUUCAAAACUCUCUGCUUCUCAAAAUUCCAAUUCUUUGAAAAAUAAUGCUGUUGAAGAAGCGUCUGGAACAGGAACAAAUAGUCAGACGCCAGAGAAUGUUGUGCUAGCGGGAUUAAUUGGGAAGGGAUUUCUGAAACCGAGUGAUUCACGUGUUGCAAAAGAUGAAGCUCUAGCACGUUUCAUGGCAAAAAGCAAGGCGUUUCACUUUCUAGGAAUGCCUGAAUUUAAAAAUUUCGUGCAGACUUUAUGCCCAGACUACCAGUUGCCAAGCAGUGGAUCGUUAAAACGUCUGGCGGAAACUUUGAAGAUACCAAUUGAGAAGUAUUUCAUGCAAUCAUUUAACGCAAUAUUAACGUUACGACAGUUUUAUAUGGUCACAGAUUAUAGCCAAAUCCUUUCUAGAAUCAUUGAUGAUAAGUUUUACGUAUGA